UAUCGUGUCCGAAUAUUAAUGCGAGUCACUGUAUGUAUUCGUUGUCGCAGACAAUCGAGAAAUCAGUAACUGAUCGGUUUGUGGAUUAAAUCGUUCGAACAAUACCAGCGUGAGAAAAAUGUGGGGCGGUCGUUUCAACAAAAGCAUCGAUCUAGAAUUUCGUGAUCUGAAUGCAUCGAUCGAUAUGGACAAGCGUUUGUACGCCGAAGAUAUACAGGGAAGCGUUGCUUACGCGAGAGCGAUACACAAAGGUAAUCUUCUCACGGACGAAGAACUGCGAGCCAUAAUCGAAGGCCUAAAGAAGGUGAAAGCUGAAUGGGAAAAAGGUGAUUUCGUCGUACACGCUCAGGACGAGGACAUCCACAGUGCAAAUGAGCGUCGCCUUUCGGUAUAUCAGUAACAGAAUCCAGAUUUUAUGUUUUCAGUAUUCUUUUCCUCCUUUCUACAGGGUGUCCCGAAAAUGUCUCGCAAUCCGGAAAUAGGAGGUUCCCGAGGUCA